AUGAAACGAUCGUCAGCAUCCGACACCAGGCCAUUGCCCUUCUUAUGGAGGGAGUCAGUCAGGACCGAUGACAGACAAGCUGCAAGGGCAUCGAAUCUGCUUGACGUUGGCAGCAACAGCAGAUUCGGCGACAAUGCAACUCACGAUUCCGGAGGAAAUGGCGUGCCCGCUACAACAAAUAGUCUUAUUUCUCUGAUGUCCAGAAUAGCCAAGGAGAAGCAAAGUGUCACAUCGCUACAGAGAGGCAGAAAAUACGGCGGUUAUGGGCUCAGUAGUCUCACCAUCGGUGAAGGCAGUCGAUCCAGUUUGACCGAGCGAGCCUCUUAUUCUUUGGAUCUAGGCGGCAGCUCUCUUUCGUCAAAUAAAGAUCCAAACAACGGCCGAAAAUUAUUGGACCGUCUUCUGAAUCGGUCAAACGGCCUAUCAUCACCUUUAGCCUCCUCUUCCUCCUCCUUCGCAAACUUUGCUUCGAAGAAAAACAACAACACUGCAGCAAUAUCGGACCAACCGGAGAAAGGCGUUACUUCAGGCCUACUGCCAGCGACAGCUGCCAAACCCCAUCUCCCCUGCAUUCAGAUUGACAAGCCGAUUGGCAGCGGCAAUUUCACCACCAGUUCUGGGACUUCAGCCUCAACGGAUUCAAGCUCGCACAACAUAUUUGAGGCCAUUGGCCACUUACCAACAAUUUUCAAGAGCGUUGCGUCUGCACAACCGUCGUGUCCGCUCAAUGCCUCAACCCAGUCUCAGGCCCAAACAGCACCCGACGUGACGGCGGGCCGCGUCAUUGACCUUAUUGACAGCGAAAGCUCCAGUAGUGGCAGUAGUGGCAGUAGUGGCUCGAAGGAGCAGGAACCCAGUCAAACUUCAGAUGUUGACCCUGUCUUGGAUGCGCUUGGUCAAGAUCAGGAGGAGGAGGAAUCUGCAUCUACAUCAGACAAUGAGAGCACUGCUACUAGAAGCAGAAGAAGCAGUGACGAUAAUGUCAGCUCUAGGGGUAGUCUUUCACCAAUUCAUGCUUUAGGCCCGGAAUCGCAUGGGGCCGCAGAUGCGGCACCACAGCUUCACGACCACAACCACAGAGCAUUCAAAAUACCUACGAGCCUAGAGAAGUGGAAAUCUGAUGCUGAGACUUCGUCAAAGGCAGUGAAAACAGCCGCAGGAACACGUCCGUCGUUGCCACCCGCCGCCUCGACCGCCAGAAUACAGGACGAUAUUUCGCUGUUUAAAAGCAUCCAGUCGCGACAUAUCCAGCCAAAGCCGAGCACGACGAUAAAAUGUCAGCUUCCAGAACCCGGACAGCUCCGCAAGGCAGCCAGGAGCUCGCGCAAGGUGCUUACGAAGCUGCAGAAAAAGAGGCUGGCAGAAAGCAGGCUGGUCGAGCAGGCUGCGAAGAGGCUGCGAAGAGGAAAACGCGCAUUGGAGGACGAGCAGGAGAUAGACGAUGUCGAUCUUGACCUGCCCGUACGAAAACCAGACAGCGAAGAAGUCCCUAAAGUAGCCACAAAAAAGAAGACAUCAGUAGCAGCCGUACCCGCCGCCAAACGGCCACCGCCAUUUGAAAAGGACCGCAUUGUCAUUCAAUACACAGUAUUCCGCACUCAGCGCCUGCCGGCGUCCUUUGACGGCAACCUGAUGGGAAAAAUCAUUCGCGGAAAGGCCUUUGCGGACAAAAACGAGGCGAACCAGCACGCGGCAAGUAUGAUACCCCGGGCUGGGCCAUCGGUGACCCGAAUUGAGCUAGACUACGGAGCGCAGGACGAGGAACGUGACGGUAUGUUCUUCGGGCGGGUGCACUACAGGAGCGGCGAAGUGGUGUUUGUGUAUGUGGAGCGCGAGACACAGCAGUUUGGUAACAUGGACCCUGCCGAGUACAACGAACGGCCGAUCAACUCUGAGUACAGGGACCUGGUGCUUCUACCACGAUACGACGUCUUCGUUUUCAAGCGCAAAGCCCUGGAUUCCCAGGAUGGAGGCUAUGUGGUAUAUGAAUAUGACGAAGACGAGCCCGAACAGAAGGAAAAGCCUAACAGCAGGCAGCAAGUCCAAAGAGACGGCGACAUAGCCGAUGUGGAUUCUGUAGGCAGCACAGCCAACAGUACCCAGGUGGUCCGACCUGCUAUAGCUGAAGAACCGGCUGCCUCCCUCCCCAGCACUCAUUUUGUGCCUAUUUAUGAGGGAUCUUUCAGCACCGUGACCGCAGCUAAUUCGCAGGCCGUUGACGCUUUCUCUCGAUGGACACGGCCACAGCCUCCGGCGCGUCUGGACGCUCUGAUGUACUAUCGGGACGUGCUGCAGCCGUACAUUGUGGAACUGCGACAACAGCUGGUGGGACGCAGCAACAGCGCCGACGGCAGUUCUGAAGACAGUGAAUUUCUAGGCGAAAACUGCGCUGAGAUCUCGUGGGAGCCAGGACCACAACUGCGGUACGACUAUGAGGAGAUCAGCGUGGUUGUGGUGCGCAGCCAACUGGAAGGACCGCUAGACCUGACCGGAGCGUUUCGAGGACCAGAAGGGAGGGCAGUCGAAAGAUCCGCAAGUAUUCUGGUCGAAUGA